GAGAAUACACAAAAAUCCAACUCUACAAAGCACGCUAUUGGCGACUCUCUCUCUCUCUCUCUCUCUCUCUCUCCAGUAUUUUAUUUGCUAAGCACUCUCUCCGACAUUUUUGGACUCUAUUAUUUGCGCAAGAUCAUCCCUCUCAGGAAAGAUGUUGGUAAAUGGUUUCGACAACAGUGAAGAAGAAGCUUCAAGUUCUUAUAGGGAUAAGAUUAUGGUUGACCCUGCAAAGCCGGCGACUCUGACUUGGCAGCGAAAACUAAAUAGCGAGGGGAAAGUCCUUUCAACAUUCUCUCUAAGUUUGCCAGAGAUAAUUCACAUGCUUCCAAUAGGUUACCGAUUAUGGCGUCAUAUCCGAGAAGAAGCCGCCAAAGGACACGGGAUACUCAUGAAUCCUUUUAAGAGCCGUCCUAUCUCAUCAUGCCAUGGGGUUCCACUUGGUGGUAUGGGUGCAGGAAGCUUUGAAAGAAACUACAAAGGAGAAUUUCAGCGCUGGCAAUUGUUCCCUAGAAUGUGUGAAGACAAACCAGUUUUAGCAAAUCAAUUUUCUGUUUUUGUUUCUCGCCCCAAUGGCAAAAAAUAUUCCGCUGUUCUCUCACCAAGGAAUCCAGAAUUAAUCACAGAAAGUGCAGCAUCUGGUAUUGGAUCCUGGGACUGGAAUCUGAAGGGGAAUAAUUCUACAUAUCAUGGCUUGUUUCCUAGGGCGUGGACGGAAUAUGAAGGGGAACCCGAUCCACUGCUUAGGAUAGUUUGUCGUCAGAUAUCUCCUUUUAUCCCCCACAAUUAUAAGGAGAGCAGCUUCCCUGUGACAGUUUUUACUUUUACGCUGCUUAAUCUGGGAAAGACUGCUGCAGAUGUCACCCUUCUUUUCACAUGGGCAAACUCUGUUGGUGGGGUUUCUGGAUUAUCGGGGCAUCACUACAAUUCAACGAUUAGGAUGAAGGAUGGUGUUCACAGUGUGCUUCUACAUCACAAGACCGCAAAUGGAGUAUCCCCUGUAACUUUUGCAAUUGCAGCAGAAGAGACAGAUGGUGUUCAUGUUUCAGAGUGCCCUUGCUUUGUGAUAGAUGGAAACUCCCGGGGUAUAACAGCAAAAGAUAUGUGGCAUGAGAUUAAAGAGCACGGAUCAUUUGAUCGCCUUGAUUCUGCUGAAACAUCGAUGCCAUCAGAACUAGGAUCAACUAUUGGAGCAGCCAUCGCUGCUUCUCUGUCCGUUCCAUCAGAUGCAUCACGUAAUGUUAGCUUUUCAUUGGCAUGGGACUGUCCUGAGGUUAACUUCGUGAGUGGAAGAAGUUAUCACAGGCGUUACACCAAAUUUUAUGGUACACAUGGUGAUGCUGCGGCAAAUAUUGCACAUGAUGCUAUUCUCGAGCAUAGCAUUUGGGAAUCCCAGGUAGAAGCAUGGCAAAAACCUAUUCUUGAAGACAAGAGGCUUCCUGAAUGGUAUCCAGUUACUCUUUUCAAUGAGCUCUACUAUCUUAAUUCAGGAGGAACAGUUUGGACAGAUGGAUCAGCGCCAAUCCAUAGUUUAUCAUCCAUUGGAGCAAGAAAGUUUUCCAUUGACAUGCACAGUUCAGAUGCUAAUAAUACUCUCAGUAUAUCCCCGCCGAAUGACUCUUCUGUUGACAUUCUUGGGAGGAUGACUUCAACACUUGAGGAGAUACACAGUCCACUAACAUUAAAUUCUGCUUUUGGUACAAAUCUGCUUCAAAAAGGAGAGGAGAAUAUCGGUCAAUUCCUCUAUUAUGAGGGCAUUGAAUAUAACAUGUGGAACACUUACGACGUUCAUUUCUACUCAUCUUUUGCCUUAAUCACGUUAUUUCCAAAAAUUGAACUCAGCAUCCAGAGAGAUUUUGCAGCAUCCGUUAUGUUGCACGAUCCCAGUAAAAUGAGCCUUUUGCAUAAUGGAACACAGGUUUCAAAAAAGGUUCUUGGAGCUGUUCCUCAUGAUAUUGGAAUCAAUGACCCAUGGUUUGAAGUUAACGGAUAUAACCUUUAUAAUACUGAUAGGUGGAAAGAUUUGAAUCCAAAAUUUGUGCUGCAAGUUUACAGGGAUGUGGUUGCCACCGGGGAUAAAAACUUUGCAAAAGCCGUUUGGCCCUCGGUUUAUGUUGCAAUGGCUUUUAUGGACCAGUUUGAUAAGGAUGGUGAUGGGAUGAUAGAAAAUGAAGGGCUCCCAGAUCAGACAUAUGAUACUUGGUCUGCUUCUGGAGUGAGUGCGUAUAGUGGUGGACUAUGGGUUGCCGCUUUGCAGGCUGCCUCAGCAUUGGCAUGUGAAGUUGGUGACAGGGGAGCUGAGGGUUAUUUUUGGUUUCGGUUUCAGAAGGCGAAGAAAGUGUAUGAAAAGUUGUGGAAUGGUUCUUACUUUGACUACGAUAACAGUGGUGGAAGUGCAAGUUCAUCUAUUCAAGCGGAUCAGUUAGCUGGACAAUGGUAUGCUCGAGCAUGUGGUCUUUUACCAAUUGUUGACGAAGACAAAGCUAAAAGUGCCCUUGAGAAAGUUUAUAAUUUCAAUGUGUUAAAAGUGAAGGGUGGGAGGCGAGGUGCUGUGAAUGGGAUGCUGCCGAGUGGAGAAAUUGACUUGUCAGCACUGCAGUCAAGAGAGAUAUGGCCUGGAGUUACGUAUGCGCUUGCUGCAACUAUGAUUCACGAAGACAUGAUCGAAACGGCAUUUCAAACUGCAUGCGGAGUUUAUGAGGCCGCGUGGUCCGAAGAAGGACUUGGUCUUUCUUUUCAAACUCCCGAAGCAUGGAACACAGAUGACCAAUACAGAGCUCUAGGUUACAUGCGCCCUUUGGCGAUAUGGGCAAUGCAAUGGGCAUUAUCAAUUCCAAAACCUUUGAAACAGGAGAUACAGCCAAAAGCAAUGGAUGAUUCCUUAAUCAAGAAGCAUCAAGCAGGAUUCACGAGAGUCGCAUGCCUCCUUAAGCUGCCUGUGGAAGAAGGGUCCAGAAGUGUUUUACAGGCAGUUUAUGACUAUGCAUCCAAGAAGUUGGGGUUGUGACAUGAGUUCGUGGAGUCCCUUUGGUAUUGCUUUCAUAUUCAAAGUAGAGAUAGUCAUUGUCUGGUGAACUGCGUUCCAAAACUUUUUUGCUAAAAUUUCUGAAAACAACCCUCUUUUUUUGAACACCAGAAGAUGUUUUCAAAUUUCAGAAAAGAUGGAAACAUUACGUAAAUGAUGACUGUUCUCGGAUUUUUAUCUCUUGCAGCUUUAAAACGAUGACAAAUGUAUAUGAGAAAAUAAAAUCAAUACCAGACAGUGGAUACAAGAACAUAGGUAACAUUGGGCUGUUGUAUAGAGUGGUAUUCUACUAUUCAAACUACGAGAACCUGGGUGAUUGUAUUUCAGGGAAGUUGUAUAACUUACAUUCAGCAUAGCUAUUAAAUGUGUUAUAUAA